ACCAGCAGUUUCCGGCAGGCACGCACAGAAGCGCAUGCAGACACCGUAAAACACACACACACGCACAGAGAGAGAGAGAGAGAGAGAGAGAGAGAGAGAGAGAGAGAGAGAGAGAGAGAGAGAGAGAGAGAGUCUUGCCUUGCGUGAUGACAGGGGAUCAUAGGGAAAGGUGGGAGAUGCGCAGUCCAGGAAAUGAUGAGGUGGGAGUGACUAUUGGGCGCGGGCCGCCUGUGAGGAUCCAUCUUUCUCCCUCUCCCGGGAGGGACUUCGACGACAAAACAGCUUACACUCUGACGUUUCAGAACCUGACGUACAAGGUGACGGUGAAGAAGAGCAGCAGCGAUGGGGCCAAUGCAGAGAAGGACUUGUUGAAGAACAUCAGUGGAGAGGCUAGCCCUGGGGAAAUCUUGGCCAUCGCGGGUCCAUCGGGAGCGGGGAAGUCCACACUGCUGGAUGCGCUUGCUGGUCGGAUCAGGGCCCCAAGUCUGGAGGGCGUUAUUCUGGCCAACGGCAAGCCUGUGGACGGCAAGCAGUUUCGCAAGCUCUCUGGGUACGUUAUGCAACAUGAUGCCCUGUUUGCGUAUCUCACAGUGAAAGAGACGUUGAUGUUCAGCGCUCGUCUUCGGCUUCCUGGUGACAUGCCGAUGCACGUGAAAGCGGCGCGCGUCGACAUGCUUAUCGCGACGUUGGGUCUUCGUGACUGUGCGGACACACGGAUAGGCAACGAGCAAGUCCGAGGGGUGUCGGGGGGAGAGAGGAGGCGGGUCUCCAUCGGUGUGGAUCUGAUCCAUGACCCCGCCGUUCUGUUCCUGGAUGAGCCGACGUCUGGACUGGACAGCACCUCGUCGCUGCACAUGGUCCAGAACUUGUACGAGAUUGCGACCGAUCGCCGCCGUACCAUCCUCAUGACCAUUCAUCAGCCUAGCUUUCGCAUCCUGGAGCAUAUCCACAAGAUCAUGAUCCUGUCACGUGGCUCCUUGGUGUACAGUGGUACUUAUCCUGACCUGUCGAUCUUUCUGACCGACUACGGCAGACGCGUUCCCGACCAUGUCAACGUGCUGGAGUUCGCUCUGGAUGUGAUCGAGGAGCUGCAGGAGUCACCGCACGGUGUUGCUGCCCUUGCCCACUUCCACUCCACCAGAUCCAAGCUGCCCCCUUCGUUGGCUGGCUUGAGCAAUAUCGGGCAGCUGGCAGAGGCUGCAGACUUCGCCACAAGUCCAUGCAUGGAGACGCUGACUCUCUGCCACCGCAGCAUCCUUAACAUAGCUCGAACGCCGGAGUUGUUUCUGUGUUCGCUAGCGCUGAUGAUCUUGACGGGAAUGGUCUUGGGAUCGCUUUUCUACGGCGUGCAGAGCGACGAGAGGGGCAUUUUCCACAGGACCUCCUUCUUCGCCUUCUCCUGCGCUCUUCUGCUGUUCAGCUGCAUCAGCGCCCUGCCCUUUUUCUUGCUUGAGAGGAACAUUGUCAUGCGCGAGACGAGCCGAGGAGCCUAUCGCACUUUUUCCUACGUCGUUGCCAACGGUGUGGUUUUCCUCCCCUUCUUCUUCAUCCAGGCCUUGCUGUUUACCCUGGCUUCUUACUUCUUGGUCGGUCUCGUCCGUGAUACGGGCGCCUUUUUCCUGUUCGUCACCACCAUGUUCCUCACCAUCACCGUCGGCAACACGUUCGUCACAUUCUUGAGCACUCUGGUGCCUGACUUCGUCGCCGGGACCACCAUCAUCGCUGCCGUCACCACCUUCAUGUUCCUCUUCUCUGGUUUCUUCAUUCCUAUGUCCGACAUUCCCCACUACUGGAUCUGGUUCCACUACCUCUCCACGUUCAAGUACCCGGUAGAAUUGCUGCAGAAGAUCGAAUACAGUCACAUCGAGCACUGGCGAGACGGGAUCUCUGGCAGCGACGUCGCCCGGCAGCUGGGUUUUGGGGAUGUGAGCAUCAGAGGCAACCUUGGCGUGCUUGUAGGGAUGGUGGUUGUGUAUAGGAUCGCCUUCUACGUUGGUCUUCGUGUGCGGCGCUCCAGUACGCGCAAGUAGCAGAGUUUCAGCAAGAUAGCGAGAGGCAGAGAAGCCAAACAAAAAACAACAAAACAAAAAAGGAUUAACAGC